AUGAAACUUGGUACCUUCGCUGCUGCUGCACUUACGUGGGGCUUUACUUUCGCUGAUCUCCCUGCCAGUAUUGGGUUUAGCGCCUUGAGCAAUGUCCAAAAAGCCGCCGUUUCACAUGGCCAUACCGUCUAUAACACUGGCGCUUAUGGACUUUCGUAUGUGAACGAUACAGUUGGGGAUACGGAAUUUGACGGCCAAAGGGCGGUUAUUUAUAUUCCCGAGGAACAGAAACACUAUGUUUACGAUUUGUUUUCUGGGAAUAGGUUGUUUUUUAUUGACCGUUCAGCUCCUACUGGUGUACUGGGACAGGCCCAGUCUGGCCAGGCAGAGGGCCAAGCAGAAGGCCAGUCUUUGCUGAUUUUUGAAAAACAGUGUAAAAAUAAGGAAUUGGGGAACGCUGAGUCGGGGAUUUGUCUGCCCCAUACUUGCUGGAUUGGUGAGUCCCAUAACUGUACCAGAGGUUUCUAUGACUGCUGUACUGCUGCUCUUAGAGACUAUAAUGGCAGGUACCAGUGCUCUAAUGCCAGAAGCCUAACCGAACUAGCAACUACGCUCCAGAAAACGCCUUCGAUGGCAUGGCCAGAUCCGUUUACGUCGCUAUAUAAGAAAUUCAAGCUUAUCAAUACCCACUUGACGUUUUUGGCGUCUUUUUCCCGCCAGACAAUCCCUACUUUCGAGCAUAUCCAGAAACUCAAUGAUGACAUCUCUAGGAUUGAUCUCCAGAUGAUCAAGGACCUUCUUCCAGAUGGAGAAGUAACGUUUGACUAUAUCGAUGAAAAUCAGCUUCUAAUAGCCGAAAAGGUGGAUUUCAAGCGUACAAAGGGCGGCCUCAACCAGAACCAGCCCAGAUCUAUAGAUGACGCGUACGAGGCUGUCAGUAGACAGAAUGCUGAUAAGCCAGAGAAGCAACUUCUUGUUUUUGAGUUUUGCGAUGUUAAGGUAAGAGGCAUAGGUGCUGUUAUUAAAGGUAAAGAUAAGUGGAAGAAGGCCAAGACGGCAAAGUCUCCACUGCCGCCUAAGUUUUUCACUAGUACUAAAGAGUUGAGCAUGGAGCUGCUUUCCCAGGAACAACUACGAGCUAUAAUAGCAGGAAGAAAUGAGUUCUUCUCUUCUUGUAUUGAGGAAUUCUUGGAAGGGUUUACCCUGGAGGAGUUGGACGAGGGCGUUCCUUUUAAAGUGCUUGUGGAGAGGAACGUGAAGAAUAUCCCAGAACCUUCGUACUUAAGUGAUCCCGUUGAGGUAAUGACUGUGAGGAACAAUGAAGCUGUAUCAAGUGAAAAGCCUGACGUUGAAACCAUGCUUCAAACAUUGAACGAGAAACCUCUUUUUAGAGAUCAGAUCUCAACAGUUGCUACACUUACUGCUGAAAGAGCUGCACAACAUAAACAGCUUGAUCCUGAGCUACUACAUGGUGGAUUGGUUGAUGCACUUUGGAGCUAUAAAGGUAUUGAUGCUAUAGAAGGUGGGCUCUACCUGCAUCAAGCAUUAGCCCUUACAGCAGUUCUUGAAGAACAGAAACAUGUCAUCGUCAGCACAUCUACAAGUUCAGGUAAGUCUCUCAUAUAUCAGCUACCUGUUCUAAGUGAUAUUCUAGACGAUUGUGAUAGUGGAGCCAAUAGCCACAAGAGAAGCACCACAGCGUUAUUUAUCUUCCCCACAAAGGCCCUAGCUCAGGAUCAGAAGAGACAUCUUACAGAACUCAUUUCUCACUUGCCUCAAAAGAAUAGAAUAAUAACUGUGGAUACUUAUGAUGGUGAUACUCCUUCAAAGGAUAGACCAUUCAUCAGGAACUAUGCAGAUAUCAUAUUUACCAACCCAGAUGCGAUUCAUGCUGCGAUACUACCGAAUCAUGCCAUUGAAGCGCCAGAUGAGAGACGUGGAUGGACUGAAUUUUUAAAAAACCUCAAGUACGUGGUUAUUGAUGAACUCCAUGUGUACAAAGGUACAUUUGGCGUCCAUGUUUCAUACGUUAUGGCCCGUCUAAAUCGGUUGAAAGCACAGUUAGACCAACACAGCCAUACAAAGUAUAUCUCUUGCUCAGCUACUAUCAAAGAGCCAGAAUCGCAUUUCAGAACGAUAUGUGCUAUCCCUGAUGACGAAGAAAUUGCCCAUAUCCAUGAAGAUGGCAGUCCAAGUUCUCAGAAAAAGCUAGUGCUUUGGGAACCGCCAGUUAUGAUGAACAAGAAAGGACAACGUGAAAUUCCCCAAUCAAAACUAAACCUGGCUACCUCUGCAAAAGUUCCCAUCAAAUCUGCAUUUUUACCGAGGGAGCAUGUAGUUGGGGAGCUGGCGAAGAUCUUGGUCCAUUUAUUAUGCAUGCUACCUUCAAUCAAAGUCAUCUUAUUCUGUCCUAUAAGAGAAGUUUGUGAGCUAGUGAUUAAGGAAUGCCGAACACUUAUCACUUCAAGUGAGUUUCCCCAGUGGAAUACAAUAAGUGUACACGAUAUCAUGUCUUAUAGAGGCGGGUACUCUAAGACAGACAGACGAGCAAUUGAACAAAAAAUGUUUAGCCGUAAGCUUCGAGCAAUUGUUGCCACAAAUGCUUUGGAGUUGGGUAUUGAUUUAUCAGACUUGGACGUGGUAAUCAGUUGUGGUUUCCCUGGACUGAAGCUGAACUUACAUCAACAAUUUGGCCGUGCCGGGAGAAGUCGGUCUUCCAAAGGAAGUUUGGCCCUUCUUGUUUGUGGAUCAAAUCCUCUUGAUAGAUUCUAUCUCAAGAAUCCUCAUGAGGUUCUUGAUAAAGAAACUUACGAGGAUUUAUGCGUGGAAGGAAUCAUGGAUGGAAGUCUGAAUAGAGUAGUCAUGUCCAUGCAUUUGCAAUGUGCUGCCUUUGAAUGGCCGAUUCACAUUGAUAAUGAUAUGCGUUGGUUUUCACCUCAUAAUUCAGAGAAGAUGAAUGCAACUUUCAGGCAACUUUGUGAAGACAAGCUCAACAAGGACAAUUUGGACUAUUAUCGUACUGACCCCAGGUACCUUCCAUGGCCCGCUGAAAAAGUCAGCUUGCGUGCAAUUGAUGACAUAAUGUUUGCAGUGGUAGACGUUACCAAUAAUCGAAAUGUUGUUAUCGAAGAGGUCGAGGCUGUUAGAACAAGUUUCACACUUUAUGAGGGAGGCAUAUUUCUUCACCAAGGCUUCCCCUAUUUGGUUAAGGAGUUCAACUUUGAAGGCCAGUAUGCCAAAGUGGAACGUGUUAAAGUAACUUGGAACACUCAGCAAAGAGACUUCUCUGAUGUUGAUCCUAUGGAAAUACAAAUGGUAAAGAAGCUUCAUCCGCCAUCAAUGAAAGAGUCUUCUGAUAUCCCAGUGUUCUUUGGAAAGAUACAGACGACAGUUAUCGUCUUUGGCUACUUCAAAGUGGAUAGAAAGGGUGAGAUUCUUGACGUUGUUGAGGUGAAAAAUCCUCCUAUAAAAUUACAAUCAAAAGGUCUCUGGAUUGAUAUUCCUCAAUCGGCAAUCGAGGCUAUCAAAGAAAAGUCUUUGAAUCCUGCUGGUGGUAUACAUGCUGCUCAACAUGCAAUCAUGAAUAUCCUUCCCUUGUUUAUCACUGGUGGAGCAACCACCAAUCCAAACGCUCGUUGGACCUCGUCCAUUGGCGAUGCUGAGUUGUCAACUGAAUGCAAAGCUCCAGAGAAGGAAUUUGCUUCUAGACAGUCAAGAAGAAAACGUCCCGCUAGACUCAUUUUCCAUGAUUCUAAGGGCGGAUCACAGGGAACCGGUAUCUCAGCCAAGACAUUCGAGUUCAUUGACGAAAUCAUCCAAACAACCUACCAGCGUGUUAGUGGAUGUGAAUGUGAUUGGGGCUGUCCACUAUGUGUAACUGGAGCAUUCUGUAAAGAGAAUAUGCUAGUAAUGUCCAAGCCAGCAGCUGUUAUCAUUUUAGGGUCCCUCAUAGGCCAUGACUUGGAGACCCUCAAGAGUGAGGUAUCAGACGGGCCUGAACCAAACAUGCCCAAAAUAGACACCGAGACCAUUGUGGGUACAGCUGAGCACGUUAAGUUUUCCCCUGAUGUCGAGAUUGUCGAUGUAAGGAAGGCGAGGAAAAAGCUUGAUCCCAUUAUCAAAAAGGAGAGUGUUGAUUGA